UUCUUUUUUGAGUAAACCAAAAAGCCUCAUCUUCCCGUAAGGAGCCAGCCAUGAUGGAACCUCUAAAGGCUGCUUGAUAGGCACGCGGCGGCUGUUCGUGUGACGGAAAUUUGGUGUAAACUGCUCCUGCCGUACAUAUGCCGGCUUGCCUGCCACCUGCGUCAGCGACAAAAGAAUCUCAUUUGACCGUUUUGAUUGCUCCACUUUCUUAAUCGAUUGACUACAGGAUCAAUCAUAUCCUUCCCGUGAAUUCUCUGCCCAGCAUUCGUCGUUUUUUCGGCCAUCGUUCCAAUGGACGGCGGCGGAGCUUCGGACGCUUUUAGUGCUUCGACAGCUCCCCUCGCCUGGCACGAUUUUCUGGAGCGCAUGCGUCAUCCCUCAGCCGCCGACUUUGUCAAAUCCAUCAAGAGCUUCAUUGUAUCCUUUUCAAAUAGAGCCCCAGAUCCUGAAAAAGAUCAUGCUGAUGUGCAAUUAUUUCUUGCUAAUAUGGAAGAUGCUUUCAGGGCUCAUAUGCUCUGGGCUGGUAGUUCAGAGGAAGAACUUGAAAGUGCUGGCGAGGGAUUGGAGAAAUAUGUCAUGACAAAACUUUUUAAUCGGGCGUUUGCUUCACUUCCUGAGGAUGUGCAACAUGAUGAGGAGCUUUUUGAAAAGACGGCUCUACUACAACAGUUUGUAAGACCAGAAAACCUGGAUAUAAAGCCAGAAUUUCAAAAUGAGACAUCUUGGCUGCUAGCACAGAAAGAACUGCAGAAGAUCAAUAUGUACAAGGCCCCUAGAGAUAAACUUGUCUGUAUCCUCAAUUGUUGUAGAGUUAUCAACAACUUAUUGUUAAAUGUUUCCAUUGCCUCAAAUGCAAAUCCUCCUGGAGCAGAUGAGUUUCUUCCAGUCCUCAUAUAUGUUACUAUAAAGGCAAACCCUCCGCAGCUUCACUCAAAUCUUGUAUACAUACAACGGUACAGACGCAAAACUCGUUUGGUUGCCGAAGCAGCUUACUUCUUUACAAACAUUCUAUCUGCAGAAUCAUUUGUAUGGAACCUUAAUGGGGAGUCUCUUUCAAUGGAGGAAACUGAGUUUCAAAAGAAAAUGGAAUCAGCUCGUGCGCAACUAUUGGGUUUAUCAACAGAGACCAUUCAUCACAGGAAUAAAACAACAGAGAAUGUCACAGAGCGCAUAACAGAUGGAUCAAAAUCUCAAGGCGAGGCAGUCUAUGCUUCCAAGGAGAACAGGGAUCUAAGUAGGGCUCAAUUGAUUGCAAGCAGACCUUCCAUAUCGGAUUUAGAGAAGAAAGGGGUUGCUGAACUUUUGAAGGAUGGUGAAUUAACCGAAAAUUGCAAAGAGUACCCGUACUUGUAUGCAAAUGCAGGUGAUCUCACAGUUGAUGAUGUUGAAAGUUUACUCAGUUGCUAUAAAAAAUUAGUGCUCAAGUAUGUAUGUCUUUCCAAGGGAAUGGGUAUAAGUGCCCCCUAUAUUGGGGAACCAAACUCUCAAUUAGAUGAGAAGCUGGAAAAUCCUAGCGGUUUAUUUGAGGUUUCAAAAGGAAAAGUCAGCAAUGGAAAGUAUAGCGGGUCAAGAACAACAAAUGAUACUUCAACUAUUACAUCAGAUGAUGUUUCACUAAAAUUAACUCCACAUGACACUGAUUCGCAGAAAGAGGAUGCUGCAACGGAGGAAAUAAACAAUAUAAAGGAUCUUAGAUCAGGAACCGUUGAUGAAAACUCUGAGGAUAAUACUACUAUGGCAGUUGAUGAUGUUGAACCCAAGGUUGAUGACCCUGUUGCUCAUACAAGUACCAAAUGAGCAGAGCUGUUUGAUUAGCACCUGCUUUUAAUAUAGUUCGUGAAAACCAUACUUGUUACAGCACAAUAAUGGCUUCAUAGUUCACAUAUUCUAGACCAUAAAAGCAGCACAUAGUUUCAAAAGUAGGCAAAACUGAAAGAAGAAUUGAAUAAGCGGUCUCACAUAUUCAUGUUAUCAAGUAGAAGCUUGGAUUGCUGCUUCCGAACACUGUGCAUCAUUUUAGACUUCAUUUGGGACGGCUUUCUUACUGCUUCUUAAAGCAGCUUUCUAGUUCAAAAGUUUUGAACUAGAAAGCUGUUUUAAGAAGCAAUAAAAAGCCGUGUCAAACAAAGCUUUAGUCCUUGGGGAAAACAAUGGUAUGUACUAUAGUGCUCCUUGUUUUCAAUGAGCUGGUAUGUUUUGUUAGUUUGCAUUCAAGUUAUUUUCAUCCAACUUUCAUUGAAGAAGCUUUUGUAAGUCAUUGCGACUAGUAACCAACUUUCUAUGGUAAUUACAAUCGAGAGCUUGUGAACUACUUGUUCAAAAUGGUGAAUGGAAAUCAGAAUUUGCUAUGAA